AUGGCGAUUGCUCACGUAGCCACCGAGUACGUUUUUUCUGACUUCUUGUUGAAGGACCCCACGGAGGCCAAGUACAAAGGGGUGCGUCUGGAGCUGGCGGUGGACAAGAUAGUCACGUUUCUGGCGGUGGGGCUGCCUUUGUUUCUCAUCUCGCUCGCUUUUGCUCAGGAGGUGUCAGUAGGUACUCAGAUCAGCUGCUUUGCUCCCACUAACUUCUCUUGGAGACAGGCUGCAUAUGUGGACUCAUUUUGUUGGGCAGCAGUACAGCAACAAGCUGACAGUUCACCACUAUGGCUGCACAAGUUCUUCCCAUACAUCCUGCUCUUACUGGCCAUCCUCUUGUAUAUCCCGGCCUUGUUGUGGCGCUUCACCGCCGCUCCGCACCUCUCCUCCGACCUCAACUUCAUCAUGGAGGAGUUGGACCGCUUUUAUAAUCGCGCCAUCAGAUUUGCCAAGAAUCUAGCGUCCUUAGACAGCAAAGAUGCAGCCGAGGACGCUCAGAGUGCUUUGGACCUGACGGAGGGUUGCUUCAAAUACCCUUUAGUGGAGCAGUACCUGAAGACCAAGCGCUUCUCUCGCUGCCUCGUGGCUAAGUACCUCGCAUGUCGUGGCCUGACGCUGCUGACCCUCCUGCUGGCCUGCCUCUACCUUGGUUACUACAUCCAGCUGGCCUCUGUCACUGAUGAGUUUCCCUGUGACCUGCGCACAGGGGUGCUGAAGAACGACAGCACGGUGCCGUCUGCUGUCCAGUGUAAGCUCGUGGCAGUGAGUGUCUUCAGGCUGCUCAGCUACAUCAACCUGGUGGUGUAUGUGCUCCUUGCCCCGCUGGUGGUGUACGCUGCUCUUGGACCAGCUCGCCAGAGCUCCAACUUCCUCAGGCCUUAUGAGAUGCUGCCGGGCUUUGGUGCUCUGGGUGUGGUCACGCCCUUCUACAAUGACCUCAGCAUCUAUCUGUUGUUCCUGCAGGAGAACCUGAGUGAACUCAAAUCAUUUAAGUGUCUGCAGGUGCUUGAGUUGUUGCAAGAGGCUGGUGAUGAGGGCUUUGACACCAUGUGCCUACUGCGAACUCUGGGUCAGGUGAAGACUGAUGUCUUAGACAGUAAGAAGAUAUGCUCACGCAAGAACAAAGAGAAAGAAACGAACAAAGCCGAAGAAUGA